GUUGUCCUUUACAAAUGGCGACCCACGGUAAAACACGGCGUGCUGUAUAACCCGCAAGGCUGGUCCGGCCUGUAUCCGUCGUGUAAAUAAACGUUGAAACCUUUGGUGCGUCGUAUCCGGUCGAGCGAUUAGACUGAAAGCAAUCGUCGACGCGAAACAGAUUAGACAAUUCCGUGUCGAUAAAUCCGUGAUAAUGGGAAAUGUGAUGGCCGCCUCCGCACCUCCUCCGCCUUCACCUCCGCCACCGGGUCCCGGACUGAUGCCGAAUUUAGGGCCACAGGACCCGUCCAAGGAUGUGUACGCGCCCACUGACGCGACCACCCAGGUCGAUAACCCGGGUACCAUCGAGGAUCUGCACAAGAGAUGCAAAGAUAUAUUUCCUAUAAAUUUUGAAGGAGCAAAACUGGUAGUCAAUAAAGGAUUGAGUAAUCAUUUCCACAUUUCACAUACCAUUAACAUGAGUUCUGUAAUACAAUCUGGCUACAGAUUUGGUGCAACUUAUGUUGGUACAAAACAACUUUCACCUACAGAGGCGUAUCCUGUAUUAUUAGGUGAUAUCGAUCCAAGUGGAAAUCUUAAUGCCAAUAUUCUUCAUCAAUUGGGCUCAAGACUCAAAGGCAAAUUAGCAGCACAGGUGCAAAGAAGUAAAUUCACUGCUGUACAAAUGACAGCUGAUUAUCGUGGUGAUGCGUAUACAUGCUCAGUAACCUUAGGCAACCCAGACAUUCUUAAUUGCUCCGGCGUUCUUGUUUUACAUUACCUUCAAACCUUGACACCAUCGCUUGCGUUGGGUGGUGAGCUUGCAUAUCAACGAGGACCAGCCUUACCAGGUGGACAAAUCGCAUUAAUGUCUGCCGCGGGAAGAUAUACGUACGGUAACUCCACAUUCAGCGGCAGCAUAAGUCCAUCCGCUUGCCAUCUCUGUUUCCACCAAAGGGCUAGUCAACAAUUACAAGUGGGCGUUGAGUUAGAAAUUAAUGCGGGUAUGCAAGAAUCGACGGCAACAAUCGGUUAUCAAGUCGAUUUACCUAAAGCAGAUUUAGUGUUCAAAGGUAGUGUAGAUACGAAUUGGACGGUAGGGGCGGUUCUAGAAAAGAGGUUACAGCCCUUGCCAUUCUCGUUUGCACUCAGCGGUAUGAUCAAUCAUAACAAACAGCAGUUUAGAUUGGGUUGCGGACUAAUCAUCGGUUAAGAGCAUCAACCGACCACGAGAUGCACAUCCAAAGGAAAUCGGGGACUUCGUUUACUGCGCAGUCAGAGCCGCAAACGUGUAAUCUUAGGAUCUAGAAUAAUGCCACAUUGAUCCCUUCCCGACUUUGAUGAUUGUCUGGCCGUUUUGUUAAAAAUAUAAUACGUUAAGCGAUCAUGUUUAUUUGAUUAAAACGUAUAUGUGUAGAUUUCAGGAUUGAGCUUUUUCUUUUUACUACUGUCUACAUGUUUUUAUUUCCGCCUAUAAUAUUCUGCCAUUAGAAUUAUCAUAUACUGUACUAUACAUUUUCUUGACAGAUGUUCUUCUUUCCAUGAAAAAUUUUAGGUAUAUUUUCGUGAACAACAUAACAAAUUGGCGGAUAUUAAAACUAACAAUCAAGUUGCAAGUGUUAUAUGGGUUAAGGGUUCAUUUGGCAACUGAAGCAGACACCACAAAAGAACUGAUAAAAUUUCUCUUUAUUAUAUUUAUGCUAAACUGAUGUUAUUGUUAUGAAUCUCUUCUAAUUGAAGAUGUAGAAUCACUUCGUUAAAUAUGUUAUAAAAUUUUAUUUCCCGAACGUACUGAUAACUUCUUCAGGUUUUCAUAACAGAUAGAUAAAAUUUAUACAUAUUCUAUCCUCUUGAUCUACAUAUAACUUAGCAUUUAUUUAAAUAGAAAUUUUUAUUGUUACAAAUGCAUUUAUUAUGAAAAUUACUCAAAGAAUGGUUUUCUAUGUCGUAUAAUUGGUUUAAAAAUUGCUGAAUAUGUUUAUUUAAUACAGAUUUUAUCUCGAAAAUUUUCAACUUAUAAGAUAAUGAAAGAUUUUUGAAGAUUCGUGUUCAUGUAUUUAAAAUUGUAGUCUGCUGGUUAUUAAAAAAUUAUUGUAAAUGAAUAUGAAUAUUGCACAAAAAAUAUUCUAUGGUCUGCAAAAUCAGAAAAAUAUAGUUAGGCAUUAUAAAGCAAUAUCCGCUUUAUGUUGAUCAAUUAAUUCGCGCAUACUUUGCUGUACAAUGAAUGAGAAUAAGUGUAAUAUUUUUAAGAAAAUUAUGAACUAAAAUUUUUAAGAUGCAUGUCCGUGAAUCAAGAUGUUCAAAAGUUAAUUGAUUAUUGAUCACGAGAAAUUUAAUUUUUCAGAUUAAGUAUAGUAUAAAGCUUACUACAACAGAAAAAUAUAUUUUUAUUCUAACGGUGAUAAUGUAAAAUUUUAUAUACGAAAAGCAAUAGCUAAAGAGACGACUCGGUUUAUAAAUCUGUGACAGCACGUGAGAGACCCACGGUUUCUUAUUCUUUAAUCCGAUUGUAUUUUUAUUGUAAGUACAGACAGAAUAAAAAGUUGUAUAUUGUUGAACAGUA